AUGCCAGGAGCAGUGGUGACGGCCUGGGGCAUCCGUAAGGCCAUCAGCUACGCCUUCUGCCCGAGUCUGGCCAAGUUCCUGCCGACCACCAUCGGAGAAUUCCUGCGAACUAGCGCCGAGAAACACGGCCAGAAACCCGCUUGCAUAUCAGUGUAUCAGGACACGGUGAAGACGUUCGAAGAUAUCCACAAGGAAUCGCGUCUACUGGCAGCGGGGUUUCUGGCGACGGGGCUGAAGCCGGGUGAUCGGAUCGGGAUAUGGGGGCCGAAUUCCUACGAGUGGUAUCUCACCAUGAUGGCGGCUUCGACGGGCGGUUUGGUUCUCGUCAACGUGAAUCCCGCCUAUCAAGUCUCGGAAUUGGAGUAUUGCAUCAACAAGGUCGGCAUCAAGGCUCUGGUGAGUGCCGAGCAAUACAAGAGCCAGGAUUACUACAGCAUGGUGGCCCGGAUCGCCCCAGAGUUGGAAAAGUGCCUCCCGGGUGAGAUCCAAGCCAAGAAGUUGCCUUCUCUAAAGUCAUUGAUGAUGAUUUCCGAAAAGGAGCUCCCUGGGACAUUUCGAUUGGAGCACGUGAUGGAGAUGGGCGAGGAACAGAAGAACCAGGAACAUCUGGACGAGUGUGAAGUUCGAGUGCAAUUCAGUGACCCUUGCAACAUUCAAUUCACGUCGGGGACGACGGGGAAACCUAAAGCAGCCACUUUGUCGCACUUCAACAUCUUGAACAAUGCUUAUUUUGUGGGUCGUCGGAUCGGAUACGACCAACGCCCGCCUGUGAUCUGUCUCCCCGUUCCUCUUUAUCAUUGCUUUGGUUGUGUUUUGGGUGUUCUGGCUGGUCUCAUUCACGGCGGUACCGUGGUUCUGCCCUCUCCCGGAUUUGAUCCCCAAGCAGCCUUGCAGGCGGUGCACUCUCAUCGUUGUAAUUCCAUCUAUGGCACUCCUACCAUGUUCGUGGACAUGCUUCUUGUGAAUGACUUUAACUCGUACGACCUGAAGUGCCUUGAAACUGGGGCCAUGGCUGGGUCACCUUGUCCCGAGCCGUUGGUUAGAAAAGUCAUCAAGGAGAUGCACAUGGAACGCUUCUCCAUUUUCUUUGGCAUGACCGAAACGAGCCCGUGUUCGUUCCAGACUUUCCCUGACGAUUCGGUGGAAAUUCGUUCGACCACAGUGGGCAAGCCCACCGACCACGUGGAAUGUCUUCUGGUCGACGACAACGAAAAAGUCGUGAACCAGGGGGAUAUGGGAGAGAUCUGGAUCCGAGGUUAUUGCAAUUUCUUGGGAUAUUGGGGGGAUGAGGAAAAGACAAAGGAGAUACUGACCCCUGCCGGCUGGCUCAAGACCGGAGACCUAGGGAUCCUCGAUGAGAGAGGUUAUCUUCGUAUCAUCGGUCGGAAGAAGGACCUUAUCAUCCGGGGUGGGGAAAACAUUUACCCCAGAGAGAUCGAGGAAUUCCUUCACACGCAUCCCGAAAUAGCCGAGGCCCAAGUCGUUGGGGUUCCGGACCCGAGAAUGGGCGAAGAGAUAUGUGCUUGGGUUCGACUCAAGGAGAAUCGCACAGUGCUGCCCGAAGAAAUCCAUGCCUACUGUCGAGGGAAGAUCUCUCAUUUCAAAAUCCCUAAGUAUAUCCUCAUUAAGGAUAAGUUCCCAAUGACAGUCACAGGGAAAAUACAAAAAUAUGUGAUAAAAAAUAUGACCAUCGCCGAACUCGGUCUUCAGCAAUGA